UGUCGUCUGAGCCUCAUUUCUCGUAUCUUAGGCCGAUUUCACGCUAGGUUGUUCUUGUUUGUGAUAUUUCAGGUCCUAGUACAUGAUUGGAGGUUUGGGAACGAGUUCGGGGUCGAUUGGACGAAAGUUGGACGUUUGGCGAGAAGCUAAGGAAACCACACGACCAGACCUAGCAGCCACACGACCGUGUGGCGUGGCCGAGUGGAAUCCCAUUACGCGGGCAAGACCACACUGGCCGUGUACUGGGUCCCUUGAGGGCGUGUGAAAAUUCCAGGGAAGUCACACGGGCAAGCAAGUAUUCUACACGGUCGUGCAGCUCUGGCCGUGUAGCAUUCGUGGAGACACUUAAUUGAAAUGUCGCAUUUUGACGCUCACACGAGCAAACUGGGAUUCCACACGGCCGUGUGGUCGGGAAAUUCUGGGGUUUAACACAAUUUCGAGCCUAAGGAGAGGGAAUCGAGUUUUGGAGCAAAAAACAGAGCUUUAGAGAGAGAAAGUGUGAAGAACAAACCCUAGGAGCUAUUUGGAGUGGAUUUCUCACCAUUGAAGCCCAGAUUGCAUCUCCAAGAGUGAAGAUCGACAUCCAAGAGCAGAUUAUCGUCAUCUUUUUGAGUAUGAGUACUCUGAUUUCUGUUUUCCUCUCUCUCUCUCUCUCUCUAUGGAGUAGAACCUUCUCUCAUUUGGGUAUGAAGAACCCUAGUUCCAUGUGUUAGGAAUCUUGAUUGUAAUGACUUGUGAUUGAUAUACUGAUUGGUUAUAAUCAAUUGAUGCAUGAUUCGUUGAGUCAAUUGAAGUGUGAUCAUCUUUUCUUGAUUUCUGCUGCAACCUGAGAUAGAUAGAAUCUAAUUAGGUUGUUAGAGCUUCAUCAAUCGGUAGUGGUAGAUUGAUUAUACGAGAGUGAAUCGAUUUACUGCUUUGUACUGGAAUCCAAUUCCAGCAGUGGAGUUCUGUGUUUAUUGCCUCAGCAGUCUAUCUCGGUGAAGGUUAGUCUCCUGCCUGAGAGGACUUGGUCAGCUUAAGAGAUAAUUAACUAAAUUUAACAUAACAUCUACACCACCAAACCACAACUCUUUUGUUGGGACAAUUACAUAUUGACAAAGUUUUAGCUCUUGAACGCUAACAAUCCUCAAUAACUUUGAACAACCAUAACUUUGUGCUCCAAAAUCAGAACGUCAUUAAUUUUUUUUUUCAUUUCGCAUAACUUUUGAAGAACUACAAUUUUUACUAGGAAGAAAUUAUUAAAAUAAGAAUUAUUAUUGGAUAUACAGGGUUUUGAGAAUAAUGUUACCUUCCCUUUUCACAAUUCCACGUACAUUCCAAAAUUAUGUCUAUGAUAAAAGUUGUAGUCCUUAAAAAGUUAUGCGAAAUGAGGAAAAAAAUCAUAACGUUCGGAUUUUGGAGCACAAAGUUAUGGUUGUUUAAAGUUAUUGAGAGUUUUUAGUGUUCAAUGAGUAAAACUUUGUCAAUAUAUUAUUGUUUUAAGAGAAAAGUUGUAAUUGAGUGGUGUAGAUGUUGUGCCAAAUUUAGUUAACUAUUUAUUAUAUGAGUUCGAACCACCACUCCCACAACUUGUAGCUUUUUUAAUCUCUACUAAAUAAAUAAAAAUUCAAAUGAGAUGGUGGUUAUUCGAACCCAGGACUUCUUGCACACAAUAAACAACUAAACCAAUUGUGCAAAGACCACUUAUGACAUUUAUUUGGAAAAAACCAUAUAUAUAUAUAUAUAUAUAUAUGGUUACGACUCGUAUGCUCCAGGCGCAUAGCAUGCUCCAGCAGGACGAGCAGAACACUACAUCCACCAUUGCUGACUCGGAACUGGAAGAAGACGGUGUGGAUUCGGCAGGCGAGGAGGGCCCGGUGGCUUCCUACGCCGCCGCCGAAGAUGGGGAUGAUGCAAUUGAGGCGCAGGAGCCGUCGGAGGACGCCAAAGUGUUCGUCGGUAACUUGCCGUACGAUGUGGAUAGUGAGAAAUUGGCUAUGCUCUUCGAGCAAGCUGGAACUGUAGAGAUUGCUGAGGUCAUUUACAACAGGGAGACUGAUAGCAACCGUGGUUUCGGAUUUGUGACCAUGAGUACUGUUGAAGAAGCUGAGAAGGUUGUCGAUAAGUUCAACAGCUAUGACAUGGGAGGGAGGUUCUUGACAGUUAACAAAGCUGCUCCCAGAGGAUCAAGGCCGGAGCGGGCUCCCCGUGUGUUCGAACCUGGUUGCAGAGUCUACAUUGGGAACCUACCAUGGAGUGUCGAUGAUUCUCGCCUCGAGCAAGUCUUCAGCGAGCACGGCAAGGUCACAAAUGCUCGAGUAGUGUAUGACAGGGACAGCGGCCGCUCACGUGGGUUCGGGUUUGUGACAAUGGCUGAUGAGACGGAGAUGAACGAUGCCAUUGCCGCUCUUGAUGGACAUUCUCUUGAUGGGAAAUGGUUUCCUGAAAGAGAACUGGAAUUCAAUUGACCUAAUGGUUCUGUAUGUCCUUCAUCCGGCAUCACGCAAUCGCGAAACAACCCGGGGACUAGCAGGCGUCAUCUCCCCAAGGGCAGAAGAUUUCAACAGAGACAUAGUAAUAGUAGCAGUAAAGGUGGUUUUUUUGGCAACUCGUUGGAAGAGGUUCAUAUUAUAGGCAGGGGCAACUUUGUAGGCCGUUCUCCGAGACAAGUGUCAAGUAAACUAUUUCAAGAUGAAACGAGUAAUCAAAGACCAGGUCUCUGAAACACCAGUUUAGCCACUUGCAUUGUGCUCUGACCAAAUCGGAGCCGGCAGGCGAGCAAAAAAUCUCUUGUUCCAUAUCGAUCUGAUUCUUCUGUUGAUCAUUAGAUAUGCUUCACCACAUAUCAAGUCAUUCACUUUAUGGUUAUUCCCAUUUCACUCUUCAAUUUGAAUGUUUUAAUUUAGCGAUUUUACUGCUUUAUAACUCUUAUGACUGCUGUUGUCAUCAGGUUUACUGCUGAAUCAAAAUCCUAGACGGGA